AUGCCAUCUCAAGAAAUUGGAGUACCGAUUCCCGAGAACACCCCGCACGCAGUUUCAGUAACCCUUCCUACAUGGGAGGCCACAGUCGGGUAUGAAGAGGGUCAGGACUGGGUUGUGUCCAAGAUGACGUCAGGGUACCCUCGUUUCUUCAUCCAUGGGGUAAUCCAAGAGCUUGGACGUGGGAUCGAGGCCAAAUAUGGUCGUGAAGGUGAACGAUGUAUGAUCUUCCCCACUUAUAAAGUUGCCAAAAGAUGUAGAGAGUUUAUUCGGGAGAAAUGUAACAAGCCAAACGUCUUGAUUAGAGUCUUGCAAUUGAGUACGCGUGCCCCAGCUGAUGACAAUGAAAGAUCAACUGUCAUUGAAACCAACAUUGGGGUAGUUUUGUUCCCAGCUGAAUUAUUCCCAUUAGCUAAAAACUAUUGGCAACAUCUGGGAGAAGGUAUUUCUUCUCGUAUGGGUCAAUACUUGUUGAAAGAGUUGAUUAGUGAUGAAGAUCGAAAUACCUCCACCAGUGGUGGCCGUUCUGGUAGCUUUAAAGCCGCUCAACAAGCUCAUGAGAUCCAACAAAGAUCUCCAUCCAUUACUCUUGGAAGUGAUGGAAAUACCACUAAUGGCUCAAAUUCCACCUCUGAUGACACAAACCUUUUCAUUGAACAAAAAUUCGGUAGAGUUCUUGACCUUAAGUUUGCUCAACAAGCUAAAAUUGCCUUAAGAAGAAGAAUUUCUGGUAAGGCCGAUAAGUCACACAAUCAAGAAGAAGAAAUGGAAAAGGCUCGUAGAGGUAAAAACUUGAGUGAGACUGACGUUUACUUGUAUCCUUCAGGUAUGGCAUCCAUUUUCAACGCACACCAAGCAGUGAUGAAUAUCAACAAGAAGAAUCCAAAGAAGUCUGUGUGUUUUGGAUUCCCAUACGUUGACACUCUCAACAUUUUGAAGAAAUUUGGUGAAGGUGUACACUUUUUAGGGAUGGGUGAUGACGAAUCAUUAGAUAAAUUGGAACAGGAAUUGGCCAAUGGUGAAAUAGAUAUAAUGGCACUUUUUUGUGAAUGUCCAUCCAAUCCACUCCUCAAGACUCCAGAUUUAAAGAGAAUCCGUUCAUUGGCAGACAAGUACAAAUUUGCAGUUGUUGUAGAUGAAACGGUGGGUAAUUUCUUGAAUAUCCAUGUCUUACCAUUUGCAGACUUGGUUGCAUCUUCUUUAACCAAAGUGUUUUCUGGAGACUCUAAUGUGAUGGCCGGAUCACUCAUUCUUAACCCAAGUUCUCCUUUGUAUACAGAACUCAAGCAAUACUUUGACGAGGAGUAUGAGGAUCUCUUCUGGGCAGAAGACGCAUUAUAUUUGGAAAGAAACUCUCGUGAUUUCGCCGAUAGAGCCCACAAGAUCGAUAACACUGCCUUGGCAGCUGUUGAACUCUUGGUUAAGAACCCACUUAUCUCAAAAGUGUACUAUCCAUCGAUUUCCGAAUCUAAAAAGCAUUAUGACGCCAUUAAGACGAGCCAAGGAGGAUAUGGUGGGUUGAUCUCUUUUCUUUUCCAUGAACCUGCUGAUGCAGUUUGUUUCUUCAAUGCCGUAAACAUCCAUAAGGGUCCUUCAUUGGGGACUAACUUCACCCUUGCUUGUCCAUACGCAAUCUUGGCACAUUAUGAUGAAUUGGAUGAAAUUGCCAAGUGGGACAUUGAUAGAAAUUUGAUCAGAAUUAGUGUUGGUUUGGAGGAAAAGAGCCAGUUACUUGAUGCCUUACAAGCUAGUUUGGACAUUGCUGCAGCGCAGCAUAAGUAG